UUUUCCCUAGCCUCACCUUCAACAAUUGUUGUGUUGAUCAUGAAUUAGCUGCUGGCAGCUCGCCGUGAGUUCCAAGAUCUGAAAUUGUAAUAACUAAUGUAUACUGUGCUGUGAUCUUCGUGCUUCAGUAUACUAACUUCUAAAUACGGCUGGCACGAUUUGAAUAGGUGUGAUUGGGAUGUCAUGUAAUAGCAUUCAACGCUGUCGAAGAAAUCAUAAUGAUCGCGGAUCUUCUGCAAUCCCUAGCCACCAAUACCGACGACUCGGAGGGCGUAGCCCAGCUCGUCGUGACGGCACUUGGAUCCGGUGGACAGCACUACAUCUGCUGGAAGACUCAUUCGGGUGAAUACAGGCAGCGAUCUCAUGGCCUCCCAAGGCGCUUAGAGGAUUGGUUGUUCCCAGUCGAUGGUAGCACGCGAGACUUUGAGACUUUACAAGUGAUACUCUCAGGGGAGGACACGUUCUGGGCGUCAGAUAGGGAUGGCGAAGUUCGGAGCGAACCUGCGGGUCCCCAGCAACAGAAGCUCCGACGAGCUCUGACGUUCAAUGGCGGAAGCCCUACUUCGGGGACCAAGAGGCGGAUGAGCAGAGCCAGAGAACUAUUAGGAAAUGAUACGGAACGGCCACGAUCGAGCACGUUACCGUCUAUGUCACUGACAGUCGAUCAUCUACCCGGGCCUCACCUAAAACCAGAGCCAGCAGCCCAUAGCCGGUCAUCGUCUGCGGACAAGCUACGCCGGGUAUCCCUCGUGCCACUUGCUGUCCAUCGACGGGAACGGUCAUGGGUUACGCGCCCACGCAGUUUAGUAUACGGCGGUGAAGAUUUAGGUGUGCUCAAAGAGCAGCCGAGUCCGCAAGGCGCUAAUGCCCCGCCGACGCCAGUGAAACCUGCAGCUUCGACAGACACCAAGGCUCCGGGUAGCCAUUGCACCUGCGGUUAUCAUUAUAGAGGCACUGCGAGUGUAUCAACCACGGACGUCAAACCCAAGACGAGCUAUGCGGAUGCCAGCGUCCAGACAGAUCCUAUACCCGACCCCGAAGUAGACGAAUUCAGGACAAAUCGGCGAAGAAAUUCCAACCAUCACCGUCGACGAGAAUCAUCCUACUCUGACGCAAGCACAACCGACUCGUUUAACUCGUCGUAUCCUAGCAGCAAGCGUUCGAGCAUCGAAACCGUUACGACACAACCCGACCUCGGAGACUACCAUCUAGAUUCCAGAGGAAAAUAUAACGGAAGAGAAUGGCAACAGCCCCAACAGCACUGGGAGCAGCUGUCGAAUCCCGUGGCAAUGGGUCGGAUGCAGGCUUAUUUCCGCUCCUCAACAUACAUACUCGGGGCUGCUCUUCAGCCUCAGGGGUUGGCAUAGGGUAUAUUUGACUUCGUACUUGCAACGCAUUAUUCAACCUAGAACAUGGAGAAACAGUUCUACAAAAACACAAUGGCUACGAUAGAGUGGAAAUUGUAUAUAUAAAAUAUCACCUACGGAAGCGGGCGCUUCUUUUAUUACUGUAUAUCUUUAAUUGUUGGCUGUUUUGGGCCUAUUCAUAUGUACAAAGAUAGAUAAAAAAUCUGGCAACUACCUAGC